CGUUGGAGAAGCGGCUACGGACUGCCAGCCCUGGCUUACUGGAAUCACUUCCGGGUGAUGCUCCACGACCGCGAGCUGCGAUUGGGCGACCAUAGAAGAGGCACUUCCGGUGUCCAGGAGCUUGGGUUCUUUGGCAGGAGCAGGAAGAUGGAGCUCGGCGCCGCGGCCCGUGCUUGGUCCCUCUUGUGGCUGCUGCUGCCUUUACUUGGCCUGGUCGGCGCUAGCGGUCCCCGCACCUUAGUGCUGCUGGACAACCUCAACUUGCGGGAGACGCAUUCGCUUUUCUUCCGGAGCCUGAAGGAUCGGGGCUUUGAACUCACAUUCAAGACCGCAGAUGACCCCAGCCUGUCCCUUAUUAAGUACGGGGAGUUCCUCUAUGACAAUCUCAUCAUCUUCUCCCCUUCGGUAGAAGAUUUUGGUGGAAAUAUCAACGUGGAGACCAUCAGUACUUUCAUUGACGGCGGAGGCAGUGUCCUGGUGGCUGCCAGCUCAGACAUUGGUGACCCUCUUCGAGAACUGGGCAGUGAGUGUGGGAUCGAGUUUGACGAGGAGAAAACGGCUGUCAUUGACCAUCACAACUAUGACAUCUCAGACCUUGGCCAGCACACGCUCAUUGUGGCUGACACCGAGAACCUGCUGAAGGCCCCAACCAUCGUUGGGAAAUCGGCUCUGAAUCCCAUCCUGUUUCGAGGUGUUGGGAUGGUGGCUGACCCUGACAAUCCUUUGGUACUGGACAUCCUAACGGGCUCUUCCACCUCCUACUCCUUCUUCCCGGAUAAACCCAUCACCCAGUAUCCCCACGCGGUAGGGAAGAACACCCUCCUCAUCGCUGGGCUGCAGGCCAGGAACAACGCCCGGGUCAUCUUCAGUGGUUCCCUCGACUUUUUCAGCGACGCCUUCUUCAACUCAGCGGUGCAAAAGGCCGCGCCUGGCUCCCAGAGGUAUUCCCAGACGGGCAACUACGAGCUAGCCGUGGCCCUCUCCCGCUGGGUGUUCAAGGAGGAGGGCGUCCUCCGUGUGGGGCCUGUGUCCCAUCAUCGGGUGGGCGAGAAAGCCCCGCCCAACGCCUACACUGUCACUGACCUAGUGGAGUACAGCAUCGUGAUUGAGCAGCUCUCAAAUGGCAGAUGGGUCCCCUUUGAUGGUGACGACAUUCAGCUGGAGUUUGUCCGCAUCGAUCCUUUUGUGAGGACCUUCUUGAAGAGGAAAGGUGGCAAAUACAGCGUCCAGUUCAAGUUGCCCGACGUGUACGGCGUGUUCCAGUUCAAGGUGGAUUACAACCGGCUGGGCUACACGCACCUGUACUCCUCCACUCAGGUGUCAGUGAGGCCGCUGCAGCACACGCAGUACGAGCGAUUCAUCCCGUCGGCCUACCCCUACUACGCCAGCGCCUUCUCCAUGAUGGUGGGGCUCUUCAUCUUCAGCGUCGUCUUCUUACACAUGAAGGAGAAGGAGAAGUCUGACUGAGGGGCCGGGGCCCUGGGACUCCUUACAACGGAGAUGGAGGGUUUUUAGAGGAUUGUUUUUUUCCCCUUUAUGGUGGGUUUGUUUUGGUUUUUGUUUUGUGUUGUUUUUUUUUUUUUGAAGCCGUGGACAAUGGCACAGCUUACCUCAGUGGCAGAUGCAACAUUGAACACCAAGGAGGGCAGAUUAGAGAAUAAUUUCUAUGUAAGUUUUUCCACCUUGAAUGCUAAGUGGUAUUUUUCAUAUGUGAAGUCAACUUAUUUCUAAAAUAAAGAGAAACAUUACCGUGAAA